AUGGCACGAACAAAGCAAACUGCACGUAAAUCCACCGGAGGUAAAGCUCCAAGAAAACAACUUGCCACCAAGGCCGCCCGUAAGAGCGCACCUGCAACCGGUGGAGUCAAGAAACCACAUAGAUACAGGCCAGGAACAGUCGCUCUCCGAGAAAUCAGGAGAUACCAGAAGAGCACAGAGCUCCUCAUCAGGAAACUCCCCUUCCAGAGAUUAGUCCGUGAAAUCGCCCAGGACUUCAAAACUGAUCUCCGAUUCCAGAGUUCAGCCGUCAUGGCCCUACAGGAAGCCAGCGAAGCCUACUUGGUCGGUCUCUUCGAGGAUACCAACUUGUGCGCAAUCCACGCCAAGAGAGUAACCAUCAUGCCAAAGGAUAUCCAAUUGGCCCGAAGAAUCCGUGGAGAACGUAGAGGAAAAGGAGGUAAAGGUCUAGGAAAAGGAGGCGCCAAGCGUCACAGGAAGGUGUUGCGUGAUAACAUCCAAGGUAUCACCAAGCCAGCCAUCCGUCGUUUAGCAAGAAGAGGUGGAGUAAAACGUAUAUCUGGACUCAUCUAUGAGGAAACCCGUGGUGUCCUUAAAGUUUUCUUGGAAAAUGUCAUCCGUGAUGCUGUCACAUACACAGAGCACGCCAAGAGGAAGACUGUCACUGCCAUGGAUGUUGUCUACGCUUUGAAACGUCAAGGACGUACCUUCAAAUCGUCCACAGAGCUAAUAAUCAUGGCACGAACAAAGCAAACUGCACGUAAAUCCACCGGAGGUAAAGCUCCAAGAAAACAACUUGCCACCAAGGCCGCCCGUAAGAGCGCACCUGCAACCGGUGGAGUCAAGAAACCACAUAGAUACAGGCCAGGAACAGUCGCUCUCCGAGAAAUCAGGAGAUACCAGAAGAGCACAGAGCUCCUCAUCAGGAAACUCCCCUUCCAGAGAUUAGUCCGUGAAAUCGCCCAGGACUUCAAAACUGAUCUCCGAUUCCAGAGUUCAGCCGUCAUGGCCCUACAGGAAGCCAGCGAAGCCUACUUGGUCGGUCUCUUCGAGGAUACCAACUUGUGCGCAAUCCACGCCAAGAGAGUAACCAUCAUGCCAAAGGAUAUCCAAUUGGCCCGAAGAAUCCGUGGAGAACGUGCUUAA